UGCAAGACUCAGUUCAGAUGUAUGUUAGAAAUGAGGAAGAAUUAUGUUAUGAUGCUGGCUCUCUCCAUAUGGUACUUUAUGAAGUCAACACAUGUAUCAGGAGUGAGAAAUAUUACACACGGUAUAUCGAAGCAUAUACGAUCUAUCGGAUUUCCCGAGGGUAGUAGUACAGGGAUAUUCUUCGCACUGGGAGUUCCCUUAGAUAUUCCUGAUAAAUCUGUAGCGGUGUCAUUUUAUUUCGAAGCAAAUUAUGCAUUACCAUUCGAAUUUAAUUCGAGUUACUUCUACGAGGGAACUUAUUAUACAAAACGAAGUCUUAGUCGUCAAUUAGUAUAUAAAGUUUUCACAAGCAAAAUAGACAGCUUUGGCUAUCCUGGACUAGAUUGUCUACUAAGAACAAUCUGCGAAGCUGGAAAAUAUUCCUUAAACGAAAACGGCGUGCUUGGUGACAUUCUUCGAAUUAUAUUCACACCCUCUAUGUCGAUGAGUGAAGAUCUUCCGGAUGAAAUUAUCGAAGCCGAAAGCGAGCAACACUGUAAUCAGCGCUACGAAAGAUGUCCUGUAAAUCUUUUAGAUCUAGUAAGCUAUUAGUCAGCACUAAAUGAAUAAUUCUGCAUAAUUAUAUUGCAUCAAGAAUAUCGGAAAAUAAUUUAUAUAAUUUAUCAAAAGAAGAUUAUGCUAAAAAUCAUUGUGAAUUUUAUUAGGUACGUAGAUAUUUAUACGCAAUCUGUUAUAUUAAAUA